UUCCGAGCAGACAGCUUUUCAACUAAGAUUGAUAAUUGGGAAAGAUGAAAAUCUACUCUUUCAUGACUUCUCUUUGAAGACCACCAGCAGAGACGGCCACAAAGAUCAUCAUAAAACCAUGACAAGGAUUGUACUUGAAGCCUUUCACUGGAGGACUGCUGUUGUGAAGGUCUCGUGCUGGACAUCGUCCUUGAGGAAUUCAACCCUUCAAAGACAGUCUGUCUGGACAUGUCUUCAUCAAAGGAACUAUUUCACUGCUGCUUCUUAUGGAAAGUUCUCUAUGGAUUACAAGGAACAAGGAUGGGGAUUCAGUAAGCUUGAAUUACGUUGCUAUCAUGGAAAGAAGUUUGGUGUUAGAUUCUGUGAUUCAGUUUGCCCAACACCUAUUUUGAGCCAACCGUGUCGUCACCAUCAACAAGGCAUAUUUACUCACUCUGUUGAACUCCCAAACCCUUACACCAUAGAUGAUCAGACAGUGACAGAUGAUAACCCAAUGGUCAACGAGUUGUAUGAGGGUAUACUUGAUGGGAAAAGGGCGUCGUUGGCAAGGGGUAUCACACUGGUUGAGUCAACUCAUCCCGGUAGAAAAGCUAUGGGACAGGUUCUGCUGACAAAGAUACUUUUGCAUCAGCGAGAAAUGAUGAAGAAAACAUCACAGAAAGUUUCAAGUUUUAGAAUUGGCUUAACUGGUCCCCCGGGAGCUGGUAAAAGUACUUUCAUUGAAGCAAUGGGGAAGUUUCUGACAUCAAAAGGUCAUAAAGUUGCUGUCCUGGCAGUUGAUCCAUCUUCUUCUACAACAGGAGGAUCUCUACUUGGCGACAAAACGAGGAUGCCACAGCUGUCUGUUGAUAAGAAUGCAUACAUCCGCCCUUCCCCGAGCUGUGGGACUCUGGGCGGUGUAACAAGGAAUACUAAUGAAGCCAUUGUACUGUGCGAGGGAGCAGGAUUCGAUGUUAUCAUGGUUGAAACUGUUGGAGUUGGCCAGUCUGAGUUUGCUGUGAAUGAUAUGGUAGACAUGUUCUGUCUGCUGAUACCUCCAGCUGCUGGCGAUGAACUCCAAGGAAUCAAGAAAGGCAUAGUUGAGGUUGCCGAUGUGGUGGUGAUCAACAAAUCCGAUGGUGAUCUGAUCCCAGCAGCAAGGAGAAUACAAUCUGAGUACUCGAGUGCUCUGAGGCUCAUCAGGAGGAAGAACAAAGCCUGGAGACCAAAGAUCACUAGAGUAUCAUCCAAAUUUGGUGACAGAAUCUCUGACCUUUGGGACAUCAUGGAAGACUUCAGAGAAACAAUGUUAGAAGAAGGAGAAUUGGAACUACGUCGCAAACGGCAACAAAAAAUCUGGAUGUGGAGUCAAAUUAAGGAGAAUAUUCUGGACAUGUUUCGGUCAUCUAAGCAGGUCAAGGCUGUGAUACCAGACUUGGAAACGCGAGUCAUGAAAGGUGUCAUAACACCGGGUCUGGCAGCUGAUAUUUUGAUGAGAGAGUUUAAGAAGUCGUUAGAAACAGAAGGAAAUCAAUCUGUUGAGCAGGUUUCAUCUGUGUCAUCUGUGAGAGAGCCAAGACAGUCCUGAACAACGAAUUGAUUUGGUGCACAUGACGAUGUUUUGAUGGCUGUCAAAUUAAAAACGGCCCCUGGUAUCGUGUUAUUUCUUGAGCUUGUAAUGCAAUUCCCCAAAGUGUUAAACAUGUGUGACACUAUCAGGUUUGUAGAAGUGUAGUGGUGCUAGGAGCUGCUGUGAUCUAGUGGCUCAGACUCUCGCCUAGUGUUGUCAAGAGGUCCCUGGUUCGAACCCCACAGGCUGCAUGAGACUCUAGGCAAUUCUCUGUGUCUGACUUGCCCCACUCCACCCAAGGGUAUAAAUGGGUACAGGUCAGAAAUGCUCAGAUUGUUGUGCUAAUUGAAAGCUCAUAUAUGCUCUACUGAAAUGUUUCUUGAUAGACCGGGGUUGUAUUGUGAAGUCGGAUGAUUACCUCCACUGUAGUUGGCGUCAGACUAUAAACCAACAUUUGUAACUCUUAACCUUAGUUGAAAGUUACAAGUAACUCUCCAAGAAAGGAUGAAGUAGACCACCUUGUCUGCUUGAGCUACUCGGCUUGACUAAUGUCCAGUCCUUUGUUUUCUAUCUGCAGUGUUUGGGUCUUUCAAGGACAAACUAUAAUACAGUGGUAGAUAAUUGAUUACCGUACACUGAAAGAUAAUUAUUGGUGACUGAUAAUAUAUAUAAUAUUAUUAUAGAGAUACGUAUUCGAAA